CCCCCAAGUCGCAUCGCAUGCCCGCAUCCACCGAAGGCAGCCAAACCUAGCCGUAAGAUCCAAGCCUCCAGCGCCGCCACCUGCUGCGGCCGGGAUGGAGCUGCCGGAUCUCGACGGCACCAAAGCCGCCGCCGGCAACCGCAAGCCCCUGGCCAUGCUCGAGCGCCUCUCCAAGCGCCCCGCCGCCCCCUCCGCGGGCUCCCCCGAGGCGUCCCCCGUCGCCGCCUUCCUCUCUCGCUUCGCCGCAGCCAAGGCCGCCGCGGAGUCCGCCCUCUCCGCCUGCCGCUCCUCCCCCGACGACGCCGCCGCCUCCCUCGCCGCGGCCUCCUCCGCCGUCGACGACCUCGAGCGCCUCGUCGCGGAGGCCUCCCACUCCCUCCCCCCGUACGAGCUCCGGUCCGCGCUCGCCGCCGUCUCCGACCUCCGCGCCGCCCACAAGCUCGCCGCCUCCGAGGUCCGGCCCAAGAAGUCGUUCUCCUUCAGGAACAAGAGCAAAACCCCGAAGAGCCCCCUGCCAGAUCCUCCUGCCCUGCCCCAGCCGCCUCCGGAGCAGCCAAAGCUUGAUCCCGAUGCCAUCCUGCCAGGGUUUGGGUUCCGGGGCAGGAAUGGCGCUACCCUGGUGAAGGAUCUGAGAGCUGCCAACGAGAAGGAUGGGGAUUUCGCGCUCGCUGAUCUGGUUUCCUGUGAGGUGUACCUCAAGGGGAAAUGCCGGGCGCUGUACAUUCACAAGCUAAGAGAUUGCCGCGUCUUCAUCGGCCCGGUUUUCGGCUCGGUGCUCAUAGAGGAUGUCGAGCGCUGCACGUUUGUGAUGGCGGCACAUCAGAUCAGGAUUCACGAAGCCAGGGAAACAGAUUUCUACCUGCGGGUGAGGAGCAGGCCGAUCAUUGAGGACUGCAGCGGUGUGAGAUUUGCACCACAUGCUCUGAAGUAUGAAGGGAUCGAAGAGGAUCUGAGGGACUCUGGGCUUGCAGAGGACACUGGUAACUGGGCCAAUGUGGAUGACUUCAAAUGGCUCAGGGCAGUGCAGUCACCAAACUGGUGCUUGGUGCCGGAGGAAGAGCGUCUGCCGAUUGUCGACAUUUCAGAAGUUCAGGAUCAGGAGGAUUGUAAGUGAGCUGCUCUGGAGGUUUCGCUCUCAGCUCCAGUUUUGGAUUAAUGUUCUGGACUGGUUGAAUCUUGAUGCUUAUGGUGAUUACAUGUUCUGUUUGUUCAUGUUUAUUAUCUCAUUGUAUCUAGAGCUUGCCAAAUUAAGGAUAAAUUGGAAGCGCGUGAGAUGCUUUAAUGCGUGCUCAGAAAGAUGUUGAUUAUUUCAUAGUUAUGCAUACUUAGUAAGAUCAUGCAGUUUUCUGAGCAAGAAGCCUACAUGGUGUAUGAGUUUUGGUUGAUGGGCACCUGGAUCCAGACAUGUUUAUUCAGGUGUACAAAUAUAUUGGUUUAUCAAAUUCUGUGACCUUCAGUGCUCCAGGAGCUGUGGAAUUUAUAAUUUUGUAGGAAUGCGUGAUUUUGUGGUA